AUGGUUUACCCACAAUUCAUGGAGGGGAGGACCGAAUUAUUUGGAGAUUUGAUCAGGAUAGGUCGUCUGAGGGUUCGCCGCGGUUCAUUGCUGUGCUUACACACUAGGCUACCCUUUUCCGAAAGCUCCGCGGGACCACCUACCACUAGUCUUCGGCCGGAGGGGUUUAUUGCACAAACGCCGGGACGCAGGCUCCCGAAAAGGGAAGCCCAACGAAUGUCAGAUGCAAAGCCCCGCACCUCAUUAAGAUCAUAUUGGCAUAGUCUCCCAAAAAAAAAAGAGCAGACUCCAUUAAAGACGAGAGUGAGGUACAACAAGGCCAUUUCUGUCCACCGCCCUUCUCACGGAGCCGUACGUGAACGUUAACGCUCAUACAGCUCCCAGCCAGCAAGAGUUAGCCUUCCUCUACAAGGAAUGGAAGUGUGGAUGAAUCGCAUAUGUUAG